AUGUUCGGGCUGGUGAGCAGACCGAGCACACACCAAGGGGAAAAGCUUAUUGCUGACGUUUCGCCUUACCCAAAAAAAGACCCUAACGUACCAGUCUCAACAGUCAAAUUUGGCGAUAUGAUCACAUAUAAAACUCCAGGUGCGCCAGUGUUGAUCCCCGAAGAGUGCAGCGCAGAAAACAACAGCGUGACAGUGGCAUGGCAACCGCCAGGCGGUCAUGGAGUUGGAUGUGGUCAGCGGGCUCCGGCAAUCGAAGGAUAUCUGUUGGAGCUUGACGACGGAUGCGGUGGAGAGUUUAGGGUAAGAAUAGAAAACCAGCGAAGCAUCACCAGUCGAUACCAAAUGAAACCUAUAUCGGGAAAACUUUUCAACUGUCUGUGUCCUGAAGUUUACUGUGGACGUGAAACUAUCUGCACCGUAGAUGGUCUUCACUUCAAUUCACUUUACAAUGCAAGAGUCAGGGCGUUCAAUAGCGCUGGCGAGGGAGAUUACUCUGAGCUCAUUGUGGCAUGGUUUUCAUGGGCAACUGGCACACCGGGAGUUCCUCAAGAGGUUUCAAUUUCCGAAGACGCAAUGAGUGCGUCCUGCGAAGGGUAUGAGCAUCGCGUUGUACUGUCAAGCGUCGGAUUCUCCCGUGGUGUCCAUUACUGGGAGCUGACUAUCGACCGGUAUCACAGUGACACUGAUCCAGCCUUCGGAAUAGCUCGUGCUGAUGUGUCACGCGAUAAAAUGUUGGGCAAAGAUGACAAGGGUUGGAGCAUGUACAUAGACCGUCAAAGAUCGUGGUUUAUGCACGCUGGCGGUCAUGCCCAAAGGACCGAGGGUGGCGUACAGCAGGGCUCGACUGUUGGUGUGCUCUUGGAUCUCGAUUCGACCCACACUCUUCGGUUCUUCGUAAACGACCAACCGCAGGGUGGAAUCGCCUUUCGUGAUCUCUACGGGGUCUUCUAUCCGGCUGUAAGCCUCAAUCGCGGCGUCACUGUCACUCUCCACACGGCAAUCGAUCCCCCCCGACAUCUCCUUGCCCUUCAUGACGAGUACGGGUACCUUACUGUCCUCAAGAAAGGCCUGCUCUCCACUCAAGAAAAUGGAAAUGGUAAUGGAACUCAUGGUGAACACGACAGACCCAAGGAUCACGCUGAGCCCAACCAGAUGCUUGAGAAAAUAAUCGAAGAAAGUCCUACGGAAAUUAAUUAA